UGCGGAUGCGAGUUCAGCGCCUUCGGCUGCUGUCCGGAUAACGAGACGGUGGCUCGCGGUCCGGAUAACGGGGGCUGCGGCUGCCAGUACACGCCGUUUGGCUGCUGUCCGGAUAACCACACGCCCGCCGGCAGUCCGGAUAAGGAGGAGGGCUGCCCGUGCCACACGUUCGCCUUCGGGUGCUGCGCGGACGGCGUGGGCGUCGCCCGCGGAGCCAACGGCGAGGGCUGCGGGUGCCAGUACUCCCCCUACGGCUGCUGCCCGACGGCAAGACGCCCGCCGGCGGCCCUGAACCCGAGGCGGACUGCGGCUGCGAGGCGUCGGCUUUCGGCUGCUGCCCCGACGGCCUCUCCAGCGCCUCCGGCAGCCUGUUCGAGGGCUGCGAGGCCAGGGGGGGAGGUGGAGGUGGCGGUUCCCGGAGAGGUGUGCGGCCACGACAAGGACCGCGGGCCCUGCGGCAACUUCACCGUCAAGUGGUACUUCGAUAUGGACUACGGCGGUUGCAGCCGCUUCUGGUACGGGGGCUGCGAAGGGAACCUCAACCGCUUCGAUUCCCAGGAGGAGUGCGCGGCUGCCUGCGUCGAGCCGGAAGGGAGAGAGUCGUGCCGGCUGCCCCGCGUGGCCGGGCCGUGCACGGGCUCCGUGCCCUCCUGGUACCACGACCCGGCGAGCGGCACGUGCAAGCCGUUCGUGUACGGCGGUUGCCUCGGCAACAACAACCGCUUCGCCGACAGGGACGCGUGCGAGCAGAGGUGUGUCGUGCCCGAGAAGACCGACCCGUGCUUGCAAGAGCUGACGCCAGGCCCUUGCAGAGGCAACUACACGAGGUGGUUUUUCAACCAAGCGGAGGAUUCUUGCAACACCUUCGUCUUCGGGGGUUGCAAGGGCAACGCCAACAACUUCCUGAAGGAGGAGGAGUGUCUGCAACGUUGCAUGCGCGGCGGCAGGAGAGACCUGUGCACCCUCCCCAAGGCCUCGGGUCUGUGUGACGAGACGAUCCCCCGCUGGUAUUACGACCACUCGGAGGGGCGGUGCAUGCCUUUUUACUACACGGGCUGUGACGGGAACGCCAAUCGCUUCGACACCAGAGGGGAGUGUGAGGCGACGUGUCCGGGGGAGGUGGAAGACCCGAGCAAGGAGGUCUGUUCGCUGCCCGCCGCGCUCGGCACGUGUUCGGACCACGCGCCGCGCUGGCACUUUGACACCGUCUCGCGCGAGUGCCAGUCCUUCAUCUACUCCGGCUGCGGGGGCAAUGCCAACAACUUCGCGACGCUGGGAGAGUGCCAGGACUUCUGCGGGAGGGUCGAGGUUGACCUUGCGCCCGAGGAGGAGUUCGAUCAAGAGCACUGCUUCCUGCCCCAGGAAUCGGGGCCUUGCACUGACUACCAAACGCGAUGGACCUACGAGAGCAAGAGCGGCGUCUGCAGGCAGUUUGUUUACGGCGGUUGCCAUGGAAACGAGAACCGCUUCGGCACCCGCGAGGAAUGCGAGAAUCGCUGCGGGACAGCUGUGGACCUGUGUGAGCUCCCCCGCGUGGUGGGUCCCUGCAGUGGGAGCUUCCGCCAGUACUUCUACGACCGCGAGAGGGACCGCUGUUUCGAGUUCGACUACGGAGGCUGCCAGGGGAAUAGGAACAGGUUCGAUUCCCUCCGCCUGUGCCAGCAGCGUUGCCAACGGCGGGGGACAACCACGUCGACAACCCUGCCUCCGGAUGACCUCUUUACGGAAGAAAACACUAAUGUAGAAGACCCGGCGGAGGCGCUGCCGGCGAUGUGCCAGCAGCCCGUGGACGCCGGACCCUGCCGAGGCGCCCUCCCGCGGUUCUUCUUCGACGCCUCCGCCAGGCGCUGCGUCGCCUUCUCCUACGGGGGCUGCCGCGGGAACGCCAACAGGUUCCUCUCGGCCGAGAUGUGCGAGAGGCAGUGCGGAGAGUACAGAAAUCAAGACGCAUGCAACCUGCAACCCAGCUCCGGGCCUUGCAACGGGUCGUACCGGAAGUGGUACCACGACCCAUACGAGCGCCGUUGCAAGCCCUACGCCUACAGCGGCUGCAACGGAAACAGCAACCGAUUUUCCACGCAGGAGGAAUGCGAGGCGGUCUGCGUCUACCACGAGACGCUGCUGCCACGAGGAAAUGAUACAAAGCAGGCGAAUUUAAUGAUCUGCGAGAUGGCUGCGGAUCCGGGCCCUUGCUCGGACGGCUACAAGCGCUGGCACUUCUCCAGGGAGGCGGGAGGCACUUGCGUCCCCUUCACCUACGGAGGAUGCGGAGGCAACCUCAACCGCUUCAAGAAGUUCAGUUCCUGCGUCGAUUUCUGCUCCGCGGCCGUCGAGCGGUACAGGGGAUGUGAGUCUCGAGUGGGAUUUGGGAUUUAGGAUUUAGGAUUUGGGAUUAAAAGGUGGUUAGAGAAAAGGUAUUUCAAGAGGCAGUUAGGAAAGUGAUCCCAUUCGCUUCAAGAAGUUCAGUUCCUGCGUCGAUUUCUGCUCCGCGGCCGUCGAGCGGUACAGGGGAUGUGAGUCUCGAGUGGGAUUCG